UCUAACAAGCUGACCUUCAGUCUUGUCAGCACCUCAUGAACGCCACGCUGGUCUCGUACAUGUACACAUUCAGAUACCGUACGUACAUGAAGGCUAGGUCAAGCCCAGGAUACAUGCGCGUCGGUAAAGAGGAGAGUAUGAGCAGCAACUGCGCGAACACGAUAUCAAAGCUAGGCGCCCAAGCGAACAGACGACACCAAGAGGAUCAAGACAUUCAAGAAGAUAUCGAACCUAACAAAGGCGGCGCAGAUACUGGUCAAGGUGGAGAAGUACAUACAUCGGUGAAAGGAGGACACGAUCAUAUAGAAUAAGCACAUAACAUCACAGCCUACCGGGCUCAGGAUGCACGGGAGUCAAGACUCGCGAGACGAACACUCGGAACUCAAGCGGAACUCAGGCACGGCGAUCGAGACAGCCGGCUUCGAAACUACCGCCUCGCGUACGCCUGCCCCACCGGCGGCGGCGCCUGCUGCGGCAUCUGCUGCUGCGCCUGCUGCUGCCAAUGCCCCGGCGCGCCCAUCCCCUGCUGCCCGCCCUGCCCCGCCGGCGCGCCCUGUCCACCCUGCGCCGGCGCCUGGCUGCCGCGGCGGCGGCGCUUCUCGCCGGUCGCGGCGGGGCGGCCGCCGUGCGAGGACUCGUCCUCCUCCUCCUCCGCGGCCUCGUCUGCUUUGGUGGGGGCGGGGCCCGGGGGAGGGGGGCCGGAGAUGGCGAGCCCGCCGGGGACGUUGUUGGGCGGGGGUGGGGGCGGGGCGGUCUGCAUGGGCUGCUGGCGGCCGAGGGGCGCGCCGGGCGGCAUGUUGGAGGGGCCAUGGGGGGCGUUGAGGCAGGCUUGGAUGAGGUUCUUGCCCUCGGGCUGGGUGACGAGGGGCUGGAGCUUGGCGGUGGUAAAGGUGUAGACGAGGCCGGUCUCGGAGACGACGAGCAGGAGGACCUGCGUGCCGGUGA